AUGGCUUCUCGAGGAAGGUCCACGCCGUGUGGACGAUCCAUGGCGGGAAUUUUAGAUGUUCAUGUCCAUUACGCGGCAGGGCUCCCGUCAUUGUGUGACUAUGGCGAGCAGGACGUUUACGUUCGUUUCUUAUUCGGCGAACUCGAUCCCCUCUCUGGUGCCGUGUUACAGACCAGGACAGUCCGCAAGGGCGGCACGCGUCCCAUAUUCGACCAGUCGCUGCAAGUCGGAGUCCCGUCGGGCGAGCAGCGUCUCCGCUGCGAGGUGUUCAUGUCGCAGCCGCGCGGGCGCGAUCAGCUACUGGGCGCCGCGAACGUGUCCCUGGAGGAGAUUAUAUCGCGUACGGCCAAGCUCUCCAAGAAACCCGCGGAGUUCAAGCUGCUAAGCAGCAGCAGCGCGCCCGCGGGAGCACUCGUGCUCACCCUCACCUACCACGGCCGCUCCGCCUCUUCCUCUCGCCCCGCCGCGCAGCCGUCCUCCGCGCAGCCCUCCGCACUAUUCGGUGCGCAGUCCGCCGCGCAGACCGACGGACAAGCCGGCGCGGCGGCCGCGGCAGCGGCGGCGGCUGCCGGGGCGUUCUCGCGGUUUGCGUUCCCGCCCUCCCCGCAAGACUCCGCCUCCGCCGCUUCCGCCGCCGCCGCCGCGAUCGCGCUGCUCCCCGCGAAGAGAACGCCCCCCCCGCUCCCCGCGUCGUUCGCCAUGGCUGCGCCUCCACCCCUCCCCGCAUCCCUCCCCGCAUCCCUCCCUGCGUCUAGCGCCGUAGACGCGAUAGCAGCCGCGUUGUUCCCGCGGGCGCGCAUCCAAGCGCCGGCUCAGGCGCAGGCGCAGGCGCAAAUGCACCCGCAGAUGCUGACAUCACCGCAGCUGGCUUCGCCAAUGUUCCCCCCCGCCGCUUCCUCAUUUCCGCCUCCCCCUUCCCCGCCUGGCGCUACUGCGCAGGCGGCAGGGGCUUCCGCGCCGCCCCCCUCGUUUUUUAAUCCUCCCUCCUCGUUAGUGUCACAUCCUCCCGCCUCGUUAAUGUCACAUUCUUCGGUUCCAGCGGCGCCGUUACUCUUCCACCCCCAGGCCUCGUCCGCCGCCGCGCCGUCGUCGUCGCAGCGCUGGCGCGGAACGGAAGGCGCGUCACAGCUAGAAUCGAGGCGGCUAGUAACGGGGACGGAGGGAGAAAACCGCGCAGGCGGGGACUCUACAGGCGCGAAAGGGGCGGGGGGAGGUGCGCUGCGCGGUAUAGCUUCCGCGGAGUUCAGUUUGGGCGGAGCGCGGAUCGGCGGAGCGGGGAUCGGGGGAGCGGGAAUACGCGGCGCGGAAACGGGGGUAACGGCGGGGGUAGCGGGGGCGGCAGCGGAGCUGAUGACAAUGGCGCAAAACGACAGCACGCACAGGAUCCGCGGAAACCUUAGAGGCAGGACGAGCAGGCGGAGUUAUGGGGGGAAUGGGUGGGGGGAGGAUGGGGGGAACGGGAAAGACAACCCCGCCUCCCUGCCUGGAUCUCUCCGCGGGUUUGGGCAGAGCAGGGGGAGCGGAAGGGGGCAAUGGGGGGAGAAGGAAGAGUUUGAGGCGUGA